AUGGGCCUGUUCACCCGGAAAGACAAGGCCCCCAAGGCCGACCCGCCCCUCCAGAGCUCCUACUCGACCGCCAGCGUCAACUCCAGUGGCUCCCGCGCAGGCACCGGCACCGGCAUGGGCAUUGGCAAUCGCAUCUCGGCGAGCAGCGUGGGCGGCCAGCCAAUGUCGCCAAAGGGUCCCGUCAAACUGCCCAAGAUCGACCUCCCCCGACCCCCCGAUCCUCAGCUCGACCCCGCCGGCUACCUGAGGAGUCUGGGGGCCGUGAGGGAUCGCAGCAGGAUCGUGUACGAGAAGGCGCAGAGGAAUCAAUUGAGGCACUUUGAUGUGGACUUUAGCAAGAUGAGCGACGUCGUGUCCUUUGUGACGGGGCUGAUCAAGCGAGACUACGAUGCGCCAUUCACGAGCAUCCCACCCCACAGUCGAUACCAGCACUUCUGCGUGGGCGGUCGCGACCGCAUCGCCCAGCUGCUCUCCACCUGGCCCGACGAGAUCGACAAUACGGAGCGAUGCCGACGUCUCAUCGACCUGUUCCUCGUGAGCGUCCUCCUCGACGCUGGCGCAGGCACGCAGUGGUCCUACAAGAGCGCAGAGAACGGCAGGGUGUACAGGCGAUCCGAGGGUAUCGCGGUUGCGAGCUUGGAGAUGUUCAAACAGGGCCUCUUCUCUGGGAACCCCAACAACCGUGCGCAAGUCGAUAGACAGGGUCUACGCGCAUUGACCGUGGAAAAGAUGGCCGCCGGCCUGCAGUCACGCCCAGGCAAUGUCAUGGCGGGCUUGGAGGGCAGGACAGAGCUUCUGAUCCGUCUGGCUGAUGCCCUGGAGGAGAAGAAGGAGUACUUUGGGGAAGAUGGCCGGCCCGGAAACAUGGUUGACCACCUCCUCUCACACCCCUCGACGCAGGCUUCCUCGCUCCUCAUUGUUCCUCUCCCAGUAUUAUGGAAUGUCCUCAUGAACGGUCUUGCCCCUAUCUGGCCACAAUCGAUAACCUCGAUCAACGGCACAUCCCUGGGCGACGCCUGGCCGUGCCAGUCUAUGCCUCAGCCAGGAUCGUCCUUCCGAGCGGCAUCCUUCUCGGGAAGCGCCGACGAGUGGGAGUCUAUCCUACCCUUCCACAAGCUCACCCAAUGGCUCACAUACUCGCUCAUGCAGCCCAUGCAGUCCAUGCUGAGGAUGCACUUUGCUGGGACGGAGCUGCUCACGGGCCUGCCCGAAUACCGCAACGGAGGCUUGUUCGUGGACAUGGGUGUUCUGACGCUGAAGCAUGACGAUGCGGAGAGGGGCCUGCAGAACUACUCGGAUUACUGCCGUCGGACAGGUGUCAAGGGCGUCGAGGUAGCGCCCAUGUUCGAGCCAAGCGACGACGUGAUUGUGGAGUGGCGAGGCGUGACCAUUGGCUUGUUGGAUGAGCUCUGCGUAGAGGUGAACAAGUCGCUGAAGAGGGAGUUGGCUGGCAACGAGAUGACGUUGCCGCAGUUGUUGGAGGCGGGCAGCUGGAAGGGCGGGCGUGAGAUUGCCGAGAUCAACAGACCAAACACCAAGGAACCACCAAUCCUCAUUGAUAGCGAUGGCACAGUAUUUUAG